AUGUGGAAAACCAAGUGGGAAAGACUGACGGUGGGACAGCUAGACAGUCAGAACUACAGGCAGACAGACGAGGAGGAAACCUAUAGUUUCUGUAAUGGUAGGCCAUCGGGUGUUCGUGUAUCUCAAGUUGAACCAAAAAAAAUAAAAAUAUCCUGGGAUAUAUCUGACGUCAGCUGCGGGAUACUUCAGUAUGCUGUCCAUUAUGAAAUUCAGAAACCUCUCACAGUGUUUCUCGGUGUAAAUGUUACCGAUAUCCGACAGAACAGCGUGGUUGUUAGCGUCACACCGUCAUUCACAUACAAUGUCUACGUCAACGGACUGACGGCCAGUGCGGAACCGCCCACGCCAGGGUCCGUGUUAUACACCGUCCCCAGCAUACCUCCAGACGACUUUCCUCGAAUGCACGUGAGCAGUAAGACUUUGACGUCACUUACAGUCGAAUGGCGUAAACUUAGUAUCUACCACAGAUGUGGCAACGUCACUGGUUAUGAUAUUCUAUAUCAGCGUCCAGAUCAGUCAGUGGUUCAGAAUUCUGUGACAGGCGAGGACACCACGCAGUACACCAUAAAUGGUCUCAGUCCCGGGACCUCGUACAAUAUUGUCAUUCGCGCUAAAAACGAGGCUGGCGAAGGAAAGUGGAGCCAACCAUUUCUCACAGACUCAACAAUAGCUCUAACCACAAAAGGUUCUACUCCUACAACAAGCACAUCAACUAGUACAACAACAAGUACAACAACAACAACAACACCGACUCCACACCCAACAACAUCGACAACAACAGCAUCAACUACACCCACAACAACAACGACAGCAACAACAACAACGACAACAAGUAAACCAACGACACCACCGACCACCACCACCACCCAGAGCACCAUCACCAAAAAAUCCACAACUACCGUAAAGACGCCACCUACAACUCCCUCAAACCACACCACAAAAACACAAGCCCCUAGUGAAAUGAGUGUUCCGUUUCUGCUGGCAGUGGUAGGGGGGUGUAUUCUAUUACUGGCCAUUCUUAUCCCCGUCGCCUUCUUCAUCUGCCGCCAUUGUUGUAAAGCUCCUGUUGGGGUCACUGAGGACAAACUAGAGAAAAAAGCUCCUAAGAGACAACCAGUGAGUCAUCCCCGAGAAUAUCCGCCUAUGGUUAGCCUCGAUGUCGCGCAUCUCGUGUCCGUAGUAAACAUUAAUCCGAAACCUCCGCCAAUGAAAAAAGUUCCAAAACCAAACGUUCAGUACUCCGAGUUUUCUUACGAUAGCGGAUACAGGGGACUCCAGCCACAUCACAAUGGACAGGAUUAUCCGAAUUUACUCCGGAAAGUGCAUAGAAAAACUCCAGUGGAAAAACCAGACAAAGGGGAUUUUUCUCCAAUAGAAGGACCUGCUGCAGGAGAUGUUCAUUACAGCAAUGUUAAAAGCAAGCACGUGUCUCACACAAACAAUGUUUACAUUCAUAACUUCAUGAAAACUGGGAGAUUAUUUACACCAAGUACUCCAAUCACACCGUCCAUUAUUUACCGGAAACCACGGGAAUAUUACGACACACUUCCAGUCACCAUGGACGAAGAGUCCGUGGAAAACAUUCCACUCUCACAGUAUAAUCUGCCACAAAAACCUUCAAGGUUUAAAGCCAGAGCCAGCUUAAAUGAGCAACCCCCUCCUAAUUACACACCGUGA